GAAAUCCCAUAUUAUUCAAGUUGUUAAUCGAAGAUAAUUUGUAACAUCGCCGUAUAUUAUUACAAAUUUACAAUGACGCCAUUAAUUAAACAAAUAUAAAAGGAAAAUGAUAUAUAAAUUAACAAGGUAACCCAAAAUUUGAAUAUUUAAUGGCUACCACACUGACCAGCAUCAGAUAGCUAGCAACUUUGCUUCAAAGCGGCAAAGUCAUAUUCUCGCGCCCGUCUCUCUCUCCAACUAAAACUUCCGAUGUGAAAAAAAACAAGCUUCCACUUAACUCAACCACCUUCACGCCUUCGGCCUUCCCUCUCUCUCUUUCCGACCAAAACUCACCAACAUGUCUCGAAAUUUCGGAUUCCUCUCCCUCCUUGUCUUCUCUCUGUUCUCCUUCGUCUCCUCCUCCGACCUCCAAGUCCUACUCAACAUCAAAUCAUCGCUCCUGAACUCAAACCCCGGAGUUCUAGCUUCAUGGAAGCUGAACUCCGUCUCCGCUCCCUGUAGCUUCACAGGAGUAACCUGUGAUGCUACAGGCUCCGUUAAAGAGAUUGACCUCUCUCGUCAAGCCUUAUCCGGAAAAUUCCCGUUCGCUUCGCUCUGCGAUCUCAAGAGUCUUCAAAAACUCUCUCUCGGAUUCAACUCACUCUCAGGAACCAUCCCCAGUGAUAUAAACAACUGCACGAAUCUAACGUACUUAGAUCUCGGCAACAACCUCUUCUCGGGAACUUUCCCUGAGUUCUCCUCUCUAAGCCACUUACAGUAUCUGUACCUAAACAACAGCGCGUUCUCCAACGUAUUCCCGUGGAAAUCGCUACGAAACGCGAAACGGCUCGUCGUUUUGAGCCUAGGCGAUAAUCCCUUCGAUACGACGCCGUUUCCAGAAGAGGUCGUAUCUCUGAAGAGUCUGACGUGGCUCUAUUUAUCCAACUGCAGCAUCGCGGGAAAAAUCCCUCCGGCGAUCGGAGACUUGACGGAGCUUCGGAACUUGGAGAUCUCCGAUAGCGAUCUCACCGGAGAGAUUCCUCCCGAGAUCGUGAAACUCACAAAGCUCCGGCAGCUAGAGCUCUACAACAACAGCUUGACCGGGAAGUUUCCUCGCGGAUUCGGGAGCUUGACGAAUCUGACUCGCUUGGAUGCUUCCAUGAACUAUCUAGAAGGCGAUUUAUCGGAGCUCCGAUCUCUAACCAACCUCGUCUCGCUACAGCUCUUCGAAAACAAACUCUCCGGCGAGAUUCCUCCCGAGUUCGGCGAGUUUGAAGAUCUCGUUAACCUCUCUCUGUAUACCAACAACUUAACCGGUCCUCUCCCUCAAAAACUCGGUUCAGUUUCUGAUUUCGAUUUCAUCGAUGCGUCUGAGAAUCACUUAACCGGACCGAUCCCUCCGGAUAUGUGCAAGAGAGGGAAGAUGAAAGAUCUUCUCCUCCUCCAAAACAAUCUCACAGGCUCCAUCCCUGAGUCGUACGCCAGCUGUUUAACUCUCGAACGUUUUAGAGUUAGUGACAACUCGCUUAACGGAACUGUUCCAGCUGGACUCUGGGGCUUACCCAAGGUCGAGAUCAUCGACUUAGCUGUUAACAACUUCGAAGGUCCGAUCACAGCCGAUGUUAAAAACGCGAAAAUGCUCGGAACGUUGUAUCUAGCGUUCAAUAAGUUCUCUGAUGAGUUGCCUGAGGAGAUAGGUGACGUUGAAGCUUUGACUAAGGUUGAGCUUAACGAUAACAGCUUCUCCGGGAAGAUUCCGAGCUCUAUUGGGAAGCUUAAGGGACUUAGUAGUUUGAAGAUACAGAGUAAUGGCUUCUCCGGUAACAUACCUGACUCGAUUGAAUCGUGUUCGAUGCUUAGUGAUCUAAACAUGGCGCAAAACUCGCUGUCGGGAGAGAUCCCGCACACGCUUGGAUCUCUCCCGACGCUCAAUGCUUUGAAUCUUUCGGACAACAAGCUCUCUGGGAGAAUCCCAGAGAGUUUGUCGUCUCUAAGACUUAGCCUUCUUGAUCUCUCGAAGAACAUGUUAUCAGGCCGUGUCCCUUUGAGUUUGUCAUCGUAUAAAGGUAGCUUCGAUGGUAAUCCUGGACUCUGCAGCAUGACGAUUAAAUCGUUUAACCGGUGCAUCAACUCUUCAGGCUCACAUCGAGACACACGCGUCUUUGUGCUGUGUUUAGUCUUCGGUUUACUGAUCUUACUUGCGUCUCUUGUGUUUUACUUGUACCUCAAGAAAAGCGAGAAGAAGGAAAAAAGAACUCUAAGACGUGAAUCUUGGAGUAUAAAGUCGUUCCGAAGGAUGAGUUUCACCGAAGAUGAUAUCAUCGAUUCGAUCAAAGAAGAGAAUUUAAUCGGUAGAGGAGGAUGUGGCGAUGUAUACAGAGUACUACUCGGCGAUGGUAAAGAACUAGCUGUCAAACACCUUCGACGUAGUAGCACAGACUCAUUUAGCAGCGCGAUGCCUAUUCUCAACGAAAAGGAAGGAAGAUCGAAAGAGUUUGAAACAGAGGUGCAAACACUAAGCUCAAUACGUCACUUAAACGUGGUGAAACUCUAUUGUAGCAUCACGAGCGAUGACUCGAGCUUGCUGGUGUAUGAGUACUUGCCUAAUGGGAGCUUAUGGGACAAGCUUCACUCGUGCAAGAAGUCCAAUCUCGGUUGGGAAACUCGGUUUGAUAUCGCUCUUGGUGCAGCGAAAGGACUCGAGUACUUGCAUCAUGGAUACGAGAGGCCGGUGAUUCACCGCGAUGUUAAAUCAAGUAACAUAUUGCUAGAUGAGUCCUUCAAGCCUAGGAUUGCUGAUUUUGGUCUUGCCAAGAUUCUUCAGACCAACAAUGGUGGUCUAGAUUCUUCUCAUGUCGUUGCGGGAACGUACGGUUACAUAGCUCCAGAGUAUGGAUACGCGUCGAAAGUGAAUGAGAAAUGCGAUGUGUAUAGCUUCGGCGUUGUGUUAAUGGAACUAGUCACGGGGAAAAAACCGAUAGAGGCGGAGUUUGGAGAGAGCAAAGACAUAGUGAAUUGGGUUAGUAACAAUCUGAAGAGCAAAGAGAGUGUUAUGGAGAUUGUGGACAAGAAGAUAGGAGAAAUGUAUAGAGAAGAUGCAAUCAAGAUGCUGAGGGUUGCAAUCCUAUGCACCGCGAGACAACCUGGAGUAAGGCCGACGAUGAGGAGUGUGGUUCAGAUGAUCGAGGACGCUGAACCGUGUAGAUUGAUGGGCAUUGUGAUUAGUAAAGAGAGUGAUGUGAAGAGCAAAUAAAUAAGUUGAUAACUGAGGACUAGGCCCAAAUCUCUCCCCUCACUAAUGUGGAUCAUUUAGAUUUGGUACGACGUAAGAGAGUUUAGAUGGAGAAUGUGAUUUUAGUACUGGUUAUGGAAUCUUAGGUAAUGUAAUGUUCUGUGUUACAAAAAAAAGGGUAAUGUAAUGUUCUCUGAUGUAAACUAUUUCUUGUAAUUGUAGAAUUUUGGGAAUGCCAACUACUAUGUGAAAUCUUUUAGUGGCUA